AUGGAUUUCCAAAACAGGGUAGGUUCAAAGGUCGGUAGUGGAGGUGUAGCCGGUUACUCAGAAUCUAAUGUCGAUCGUCGCGAGCGUCUCCGUAAACUUGCAUUAGAAACAAUUGAUUUGAACAAAGACCCAUAUUUUAUGAAAAAUCAUUUGGGAUCUUAUGAGUGCAAAUUAUGUUUGACGCUUCACACAAACGAAGGCAGCUACUUGGCGCACACGCAAGGCAAAAAGCACCAAACUAAUCUUGCACGUCGUGCAGCUCGUGAAGCCAAAGAAAAUAACAAUAUACAACCAGCCUUACAAGCCGCUACUAAAGUACAAGUACGAAAGAACAUGGUCAAGAUUGGUCGACCUGGGUACAAAGUUACAAAAGUCCGUGAUCCAAUUACUCGGCAACUUGGAUUGUUAUUUCAGAUUCAAUAUCCAGAGAUUGGGACAGAUGUUAUACCUCGACAUCGUUUCAUGUCUGCCUAUGAACAACGUAUAGAGCCACCAAAUAAAGCCCAUCAAUAUUUGUUGUUUGCUGCUGAACCAUAUGAGACGAUUUCUUUCAAAGUUCAAAGUAAAGAAGUUGACAAGGGUGAAGGUAAAUUCUUUACGCAUUGGGAUCCGGAUUCAAAGCAAUUCUCUUUACAAUUCUUCUUCAAGAAUGAUCGUCCAGGCGUUUACUCGGAAGGAGUUCCCCCUGGCAUUGAACGCCCACCAAUUGCAAAUCCUUUAAAUCCUUAUAAUGCGCCCGCAAUGCGUGGACCUACUUUUGUACAUAGCUAA